UAAGCCAUGUCGACAAUACUACAGCAAGAAAACUGGACCUGGGUCCCGGGACACGCCAACUGGAGUGGAGAGGCCGUCUCUGGAGAGGUUACACUUACUCUCGCAGCUCUCAUGAAGCCUGCAGCAAAUCACUCUCAAGCAGAGACCGGAGAGGAGAUGUCGACGAUGCUGCUACUGCAAGGAGUCUGGAACUGGGUCCUGGGACAUGCCGAUUGGCUACACUCUCCAUUCUUUCCAGUGCUCUUCUCCCUGGGAACCUACCUGUUCUUCUGUCUGCCUUACGUGGUCCUGGAUCUUCUAUCUCCACACGUGGAGAUUAUCUGCUGCUACAAGCUCCAGCAGAAGCACCAUGUGUCCUGGAGGGUGAUGUGGACUUGCCUGGCCCACUCUCUGUAUAACCACCUGGUGUUCAUCUUCCCUCUCACAGUCAUCCACUGGUAUUGGAGGCAGGUGAGCAUGCCAACUGAAGCCCCACACGUGCUAAAGGUGGCAGAGGACCUGGUCACCUGUUUGCUGAUGUUUGACUUCCAAUAUUUCUUGUGGCACAUGUUGCAUCACAAGGUGCCCUGGCUGUACCGCACGUUCCACAAGCUGCACCACAAGUAUACGGCAACGUUUGCACUGAGUACGGAGUACUCUGGAAUGUGGGAGACUCUCUCGCUGGGGUUCUUUGCUGCCAUCAACCCCCAGCUGCUGGGCUGCCAUCCGCUCACUGAGCUGAUGUUCUUCGUCCUCAACAUCUGGCUGUCUGUGGAGGACCACUGUGGAUACAACUUCCCCUGGGCCACUCACAACCUGGUGCCUUUUGGACUUUUUGGGGGAGCGCCCCACCACGACCUCCAUCACCUCAAGUUCAAGUCCAACUAUGCCCCAUACUUCACACAUUGGGACAAACUGUUUGGAACUCUACACAAGGAUUGAGGAGACUUUUUUUCUUUUAACCACAUGUGCCAGAACAACUAUGCUGGCACUGUACUUUGAAAUUAAGCUCUACUAUGAAAUUAAGCUAACAACAAUAUAUUUAUGUUAUUUAUUUAUGCCUUUCAUAAUUUAUUGUAACAUUAUUUGUUAUGAGUAACAAUGCCUGUUUCUAACCUUGAAGAUUUGAUGUUCAAAUGUCCUGCUAACGUGCCAGCUGGCAGUGAAUGUUUUGUUGGAAGAUUUCUCAUCGCACUGUUGAACAUUUGUUUUUACUGAUGCUUCUACAAACUGAUCUGCAAUCUGCACUGAAUGUAUCUUGAUGAAUGAAUGUGAUCAGGCAUUUGUAAAA